AUGGUUUCCCUUUGCAACUUUGAAACCUUUGAUACUGUGUCCCCUGACAAAGCAGUCAUUUGCACCGAUCAUCUUGCAGGGAUCCCUCGUCCUACUCCUGAGUUUCUCCUCUCAGUCAUGGCUCUUACCAAGUGCCUGUUGCCGGCAGUGCCUUUGGUCACCCAGGGAGUCUCAUCACCUCUGCUGCAAGAGGAGAUUAGACUGUUUUGGCAAAUGGUUGUCAAUGUGUCCGGUAAUUUAUCCUUCCUUGAUAUCUGUUACUCCACCAGCUGGGAACCAUAUGUCUUGGCCCAAUGCUUCAGGGACUUCCCCAUUAUUUUCUAUACCAGCUGUUAUGCCCAGAUGACCACAUCCCUCUUUCCAGGGAUGACAGAAUGUCUCUUCCAUGCUGUCAUGGUUUAUGACAGGUUUGUUACAAUCUCCAAUCCCCUGCAUUACACCACCAUUAUGAAUAAUGAAGUUUGCGUACAGUUGGCCUUGGGAACCUGGGCAAGUGCAUUCUUAGUAGCAGUCUUACCAUUCAUUGCAAUUCCUGCUUGUUAUUAUGGACAGAAUGCCAUCAGCCAUUUUACCUGUGAGAUCCAGGCCCCGCUGAAGCUCAUCUGCUCAGACACUCCUGUCAGUCUGAUUCUGGGUCUGGUUAUCAGUGUGUUCAUAUUGACCUUGCCUUUCACUAUCAUCCUUAUUUCCUACUUCCACAUUGUGGUUAUCGUGCUGAGGAUCCAUUCUGUAGAGGCCAGCCUCAAAUCUUUCUUCAUCUGUGGACCUUAUCUAACUGUGGUCAACAUAUUUAAUGGUAGCCAUCUACAUGUACCUGAAACCUCAAAGAAAUCUCAGGAAGAGGACAAAUUCGUCUCAAUAUUUUAUGGAGCAGUUAGUCCCAUGUUAAUUCCCCUCACUUACACCCUAAGAAACAAGGGUGUAAGAGGUACACUGAGGAAGUUAGCCAAAGGAAAUGAAAAAUCCUAA